AGCCGCCGUGUCUUUCUCAGCUCUCUGCGUCGAGCCUCAAGCUGUCUCUUCCACUUCUCACAAUCUCACUAUUCUCAGGUCUCACCUCUGUGGAUUGUGCGCCUCAAAUUCCAGUUCGCAGCAAGCAGUAAGUGGUGCCCCUUUCGUCAUCAUUUCUUCUUCAAUUUAAGGUGAAAGCAAGAGGGAGAGACGAAAGAAAAACAGAAAACCGCGCCAUCGCCAUGCCCAUAGAAUGCCUUGUCCUGGGUGCAGGUCAAGAAGUGGGCAAGAGUUGUGUGGUGGUCUCCAUAAAUGGAAAGAGGAUCAUGUUCGACUGCGGGAUGCACAUGGGCUACGCUGAUUCUAAUCGAUACCCAGAUUUCUCUCGUAUAUCUGACGCUGGGGAUUUCAACAGCGCCCUCUCUUGUGUUAUCAUCACUCACUUUCAUUUGGAUCAUAUUGGGGCGCUCCCUUACUUCACUCAAGUUUUGGGCUACAAGGGUCCUGUUUACAUGACUUAUCCAACAAAAGCAUUGGCUCCUAUAAUGUUGGAGGAUUACAGGAAGAAUAUGGACAGAAGGGGUGAGGAAGAACAAUUUACUUCUCAACAUAUUGAGGAAUGCAUGAAGAGAGUUAUAGCAGUUGAUCUAAAGCAGACUGUGCAGGUUGAUAAAGAUCUUCAAAUCCGUGCCUAUUAUGCAGGACAUGUUCUUGGAGCAGCAAUGUUUUAUGCAAAGGUUGGCGAUGCUGCUAUUGUCUACACUGGAGAUUAUAAUACAAUUGCUGAUCGACAUCUUGGAGCAGCUCAAAUUGAACGACUACAAUUAGACCUACUUAUAACAGAAUCUACUUAUGCAAACUCAGUACGAGAUUCAAAGUACAACCGAGAAGGAGAAUUUCUUAAAGCUGUUCACAAAUGUGUCGCUGCUGGAGGAAAGGUGCUGAUACCUACUUUUGCAUUGGGAAGAGCCCAGGAAAUCUGUCUAUUGUUGGAAGAUUACUGGGAGCGCAUGAAUCUGAAGGUUCCUAUUUACUUUUCAGCAGGUUUGACCAUUCAGGCAAAUAUGUAUUAUAAAAUGCUUGUUAACUGGACCAGCCAGAAGGUUAAAGAGACGUAUGUGACACAUAAUGCAUUUGAUUUUAAACAUGUUCAAACUUUUGACCGUUCUCUAAUAAAUGCUCCUGGGCCUUGUGUUCUCUUUGCUACACCUGGUAUGCUCUCUGGUGGGUAUUCACUUGAGGUUUUUAUGCAGUGGGCUCCUUGUGAAGGGAAUCUUGUUACAUUGCCCGGGUAUUGUGUGGUUGGAACAAUAGGAUACAAAUUGAUGUCAGGUAAACCGACCAGAAUUAAUUUGGACAAGGACACUCAAAUUGAUGUCAGAUGCCAGGUUCAUCAAUUGUCCUUCAGCGCUCAUACAGAUGCCAAAGGAAUUAUGGAUCUUGUCAAAUUUCUUUCACCUAAGAAUGCUAUACUUGUACAUGGCGAGAAGCCUAAAAUGGCUAUUCUGAAAGAAAGAAUUGAGUCUGAACUGGGUAUCCCUUGUUUUUAUCCUGCAAACAAUGAAACUGUGUCCAUUUCUUCAACUGGUCAUGUGAAAGCACAUGCUUCUGACACAUUCAUCCAAAGAUGCUUGAGUCCAAAUUUCAAGUUCUUAAAAUGUGGGGUUCCAGAUAAAUCUGCUUCUGGCUCAAAAUGCACAGAGGGCAUUUCCAGGCUGCAGGUGGUUGAUGAAAGGGUUGCUGACAGUAUCUUGGUUGAACAAAAAUGUAAAAAGGCAAAGGUUAUACAUCAGGAUGAGCUUUUACUGAUGUUAGGAGAAAAAGAGCAUGAGGUUAAAUUUGCAUAUUGUUGCCCAAUUCGAAUUGAAAAGUCAGUCCAGACUGGAAGCAAAGACCUCUCAUCAACAGAUAAUCAGCACCUUGGUCUUGAUAAACGCUCUUUGCUUGAACUAUUAUCUGUGAAACUAUCAAAUAAACUUUCUGAAGGGAACAUCCAGGAUUUUGGGGAACAUCUACAAAUUGAAUCGUUUCAUGUGUCAGUUUGUUUGAAAGAUAAGUGCUCUCAUCGAACAUCCAAUAGCAUUGAAAAUCAAUCCGAACUAGUGUUCUUUUGCUGCAACUGGUCAGUGGCAGAUGAAAAGCUUGCAUGGAAUAUUAUUUCAAUAAUGGAGUGUUGUACUUUAAAUACAACUUGAGCUUCUCCUGCUCAUGCGGCAUGCAAUUGCUUGGAAACUCAUUCAUUAUUUUGCCAUGUGCAAUGCUGGAUCCUAUUCUAGACACUUUUUAGCAGGGAGGAGGCAUCUCUGGCAUCUGUCGUACCACUAACAUCCUCAGUCAUCUGCUCAUGUAGCACGAAAUUGUUUGGAAACUCAUUUAUUAUGUUGUCUUGUGCAAUGUUGGACUUGGAUCCCAUGAUUCUAAUCACUUUUAGCAUGCAAGAAAGGAGGCAACUGCCAUAAUGGCGGUAAUAUCUGCCGCAUCCUCAUUCUGACCUCAUUUUGUUUGCAAAGUAAAAGAUCCUGCUUUAU